AUGGGUAUUUUCUGGCCCCCGACAGCUCCACAAACGUCCUGCGGCUUGCUGGGCUUGUGUGCGCUGUGGCUGGGGCUUCUGAAGAAACUGGACGAGGACUCGGCCUGGCAAAUAGAAAACGACACCACGGCCCGGCACCUCUCAGCCCUAGCAGCGUCAGAUAAUGCACGGGACACGAGGUCCUAUGCAUCGGACUCGACGGCGUUUUCGCGCGCUAGCACGCCACCCGCCGAGGCUGCGAGCCUGGCAAGCGACACAGCUCUGCGACACGUGUUCCUCCCGGAGGACGCACGCACACAGCCCUCCUCCGCGCAGUGCAACACGCCCGAGGGAUUUUCGCAGCUGGAUGCAGCGCUCGACAAGCUGAAGACGGGCGGGGCGACGGACUACACGGUGACAGAUGACUCAGUGGAUGCGACCAGUGUGCUGCUGCCGCUGACAGUGAUGCCGGCUAUGGUGGGUCCGCCCGGCAUGUCGAAGGCAGAGAAGCUGGAGAAGGCCGGCCGGCUGCAGCCGCUGCCGAACCCCAGUGCGCCCAAGAUUAAGCCGACGGUGCGCAACGGCAAGCCGCAGCUCUUCGACUACAUCCCGCCCACGCCCACCACGCCCUCGGUGGCUUCAUCGCCAGCCCCGCGGCGCGUGCGUGCGCACGUCGAAAUCGAGACAACCGAGCACGACAGCUAUGGCUUCGUGUCUAACCCCUCGGCAUUUGUCGCUGCGCCCACAGCCUCGCUGAAGCAGAUUGGGCGGCCCUCUGGCGACCACUAUCUGUUUGUGUGCGUCAAGUGCCAGCGGCGGAGCACCAAUGAGGUGUGCGAGAAGGUGUGCAGCGACGAGGACGGCGUGCUGCGGUGCAAGCUGCAGCCGCGCAACGGCAUGGAGCUCGAGGACCUUGAGGACCUGGUUAUGCCGAUGACGCCGCGCGUGUCCACCGACGGCCGUAAGAAGACUACCGGCCGCAUGCUGUAUGAGAACCUGCAAGCCCUGCAUACCCAGCACGAGCGGCUUAGGACACGGGCCGCAUGCCAUGGGUCCGCGCCGCACACGCACGAGACCAAGGGCUCGCUGGACUGCCCGAACGCGGUACAGUCGCGUCUGCGCAUUGUGCCUGUCAACUGCCUGUCCAUGUGCCACCUGGGCAAUGUCAUUGCCAUGUCGGCGCCUGGCAAAUUCGGAUACCAGUUUGGCGCUAUGCGCGAAGAUGACUCGGAGGAUAUGCAGGCGAUUCUGCAGUUCGCUGAGGACUACAUUGAGAGCGACGAGGGAUUCACGAAGAAUAAGACACGGCCGCCGAGGCUGUCGCGCAAUAUUCUGUCCCGUAUCCCACCAGCAUUGCCAGCGUUCACCACGUUGGUCGAGUGACAUAGAAAAACCUGUGAUAAUUCGCAUCACCCCUCCUCGCACAAGCAACCACCAAAAUCUAUACCUACACACGUUUCAAGCGUUUCUUUCUUCUUAUCCCACCUCGACAUAUCCUCUAUAUUUCUUUCUCUUAGCUCUGCUGUAAUCUACUUUUUCACAUAAACCGUGUG